AUGUCUAGACAGGGCUCUGCACGAACGCUAUCGCUGACAGAGGAGCUAGAGCGACUCGAGCAACAGAUCACGCUCACACUUCAGGAGAUCGAUAGCAAUUUUUCGAAAGCCCACCGCAUCGUCACGGGCAGCAUUCUUCCGAUUGUUGAGCAGUAUGCUAAGCACAGUAGUGAUGUCUGGGAAGGCUCGAAAUUCUGGAAGCACUUCUUCGAGGCUUCGGCCAAUGUCUCUCUGAGCGGCUACGAGGAGCCAGAAGAUCCCACUUAUACUGAGACGUCCGUCAGCCUCGAGACGCCUGAGCAGGAUGGCCAAGAUGCUUCUCCCGGUGCGCUGGCUGGAGAAGACGACGAUGAGGAAUUCACCAUAGACUCCCCAACACAGGUCACCGGCGUUCAGAGCACGCCUAAGCUUUCUGCAUCGACGAGCAAACCCGCGAAUGGUGGCCGCAAAGCGGUUUCUUACCGAUCGCCCUCACCACGAAAGUAUACUGGAAAGAACCCAAUGGCAAUGCCAUUAUCUUCAGAGGAGCCAAGCACGCCUCGUGCUCAUCAAGACAUAUACCCGCAGUCUUCGCCGUUCCAGCCUGAGUCGGCGUACCAGCCCUCUGCUCUCCGCCACAAUAAUGAUCCUCUGCUUCACCGUGUUCUCGACAAGAGCUAUCGUGUUCAGGCAACGCCACACACGCAGCGACGUCAGAAAGAAGCCGCGACGAAGCCUACGCCAGCAACCGGGACGAAAACCGCUCCUUGGGACGACUCGCCCAACUCCUCUCCCGCAAUGGCUGCACCACAGCUUCGGAGCGACUUGUUCUCUCCAGCUAAGGCGCCAAGAACUCCGGGAGUGUCAGUCCUUACUCCAGCACGUGGCAAAAUUGGGCGACCUGCUCCCACCACGUCUACUGGUCGGCAGCUUUUCAGUCCGCAAGACAAGGCUUAUACUGCCAGCAAGGACCGGACCUCCUACAUCUUCAACGAUGACAGCGAUGAAGAUGAGCUUGAAAUGAGCCCGCCGAAGACUAUGCAGUUUCACGUCCCGCAGAGCCGGCUGAUGCAGACCCCGGCUCGUGAAGCAAGCCGAAAGAUUGUUGAAGAUCUUCUACUGACUGCAGGCGCGGACGCAACGGAUGAGAUUGAGGCGGACGGUGAAGGACUGGAGGAAGCGAGCCCGAGUGUUGUCAGGCGAGCUUUUGAUGUUGACGACGAUACAUUUUGA